GUCGCACUGAGCAAACACAAACAGGAAGACACCGUUAUACCGGGUACACCUAACCCGGCGUACGGUCGCACAGGUGUUCAGGCAACACACCGGGACUUCGGACUGCAAUCCUACGGGGAAACGCCGCUAUGGGCCCGAAGAAACUUCUGCAUUUGCUCCUGGUUGUUCUAGCUGUUGCCUAUGCCGAGUCACAGCGGAGUGAUCUCGGAAAUGGUGCCGCGGUUGGAAAUCCCGAUAGCAAGAACUGCCAGGGAAACAAUUGUGGAGGCGGCUGCGCUGGACAACCUGGGCCGAGGGGUUACCCAGGGCCCCGAGGGCCUCCAGGCUUCCCCGGGCCGGAGGGUAUACAGGGGGAAACGGGAGCCGCGGGACAGCCUGGCUUUCCCGGUGAUGCUGGGCCAAAGGGUGACAGGGGUGUUUUAGGACCCGCCGGACCGUUAGGACCACGUGGCAGCCAAGGCGCGAAAGGCAUGAAGGGAAACAACGGUUCUCCUGGCCUCAGGGGAGAAAAGGGUUUGCGGGGCACCCAAGGUGUUCCCGGCAUGCCUGGCGAUGUGGUAACUACCAGUGCUUCACCCGGUCCCCCCGGUAGACUCGGUCCUCAGGGCCCGCCGGGGCCACCUGGUCUACCCGGCCCGCCCGGAGCACCGCCCAGCAUCGGCGUCAAGGGAGAGCCUGGCCUGCCUGGGAGCCCAGGCUUAGACGGCCAACCCGGACGUCUUGGGUCGCCGGGCAGUCCAGGUGUGAAUGGAAUACCUGGAGGACCUGGACCAAAGGGUGAACAAGGCGGGCCCGGACUUCCUGGGUCACCAGGUCAACAAGGCCAGAGAGGAGUUAUUGGAUUCCCAGGCAAAAAGGGAGAACCGGGCACCACGAGAGGCAUCCCCGGGCCACCCGGCACCUUGGGCCCACAAGGGCCACCCGGAGCAGCCGCUGGAGGUUCCGGAACGUUCCACAUGCUGACUCGCCACAGCCAGACCACCGCCAUACCGCAAUGCCCCCUGGGAUCAACUGUGAUGUGGCAGGGGUACAGUCUGCUGCAUGGGGAGGGCAAUGAACGAGCGCAUGGGCAGGACUUGGGAGCGGCCGGGUCUUGUCUCCAGCGUUUCGCUCCCAUGCCCUUCAUGUUCUGUGACAUCAACUUUCACUGCCACUACGCGACGCGCGACGACAAAACCUACUGGCUCUCUACCGUGACCAACGAACAGGACAUACCGGAUAGCACAGUGAACGGUGCCGCAAUACUGCCCUUCAUAUCAAGGUGUAUUGUGUGCGAGGUGCCUUCCACGGUGAUGGCCUUCCACAGUCAGUCCGCCCAGGUGCCCGACUGCCCCGCCCCCACCCCCGAACACUCGUGGUUCAGCAUAUGGGAAGGCUUCAGCUUCUUCAUGCACACGGCAGCAGGUGAGGGAAGUGGCCAGGUUUUCUCCAGCCCAGGCAGCUGUCUGGAGAAGUUCCGCCCGGCCACUUUUAUUGAGUGUCACGGAGCCCAGAGGACAUGCGGCUUCUUCGCCAAUAAGUUCAGCUUCUGGCUGACAACUUUGCCAAGUGACUACGAUCCCGUGAGGAACGCCCAGGCCUACGAGCCCAGAGACGGUGAGGUCAAUGACCUGGUUGCCGGGCAACAGCCGCCAACAACUGAGAUGGAGCGCAUGAUUGGUCGGUGCCGUGUGUGCAUGAUGGUGACGCCAUCCAUACGGGCACAGAUAGAGCGGGCACGGCAACAAGGGUGAAAAGGGUACCACCAUGAGGCGUCGCCAAAAA